AUUAGUGCUGCACACACUUGUUUUGUUUAUGAGCACCGAGCUGGUUCCCUGACUAAUUGUAGCAACAACAUAAUUUAAGCGACUGAAUUUUCGGUGGAACGACAUGAAACCUGCAGUGGACGAGAUGUUUCCUGAAGGAGCUGGGCCCUACGUAGACCUGGACGAGGCAGGGGGCAGCAGCGGCCUGCUGAUGGACCUGGCAGCGAAUGAAAAAGCAGUGCACUCAGAUUUCUUUAAUGACUUUGAGGAUCUAUUUGAUGACGAUGACCUGCAGUGAUAACGGCGUCUGAAACCCAGAGUGAAUCUGUGAACAUGUACAUAGAAGAAAGAAAGACAAUAUUUUUUUGUUUUUUUUUCUCUCUUAAUUGUAUUUCCGCCCCCAUAUGAGUGUGUCAGUAUGUGACUGAAAUAAAGCCUCUUUGUUUUUACUAAAA